ACAAAAAACAAAGGUUCAAGAGCAGCCACACCUACCUCCACCCAAACCCAUGUGAACCUUGUGUAUUCUUUAUUUCAUUUCAAAUCUUAAACCCCUAAAUCAACUCAAUAACCUAACCACCCCCUAUAACUGCAUUGCACCUUCUUCUCUAACAUCGUUCUCUCCACCCACCGCACUCUCCAUUCCAUUCAAACCCUAAAACUAAAUCUCCACCAUGACUUCCACCAUUCCCACUUCACCUUCCUUCUCCAUCCUCUCCUUCAAUCCAACAAUUACCAACACUCCUUCUCAAUUCCCCCCUAACCUCCCUCUCCGCCUCCGCCACCGUCGACUCACCGUCAAAGCCCACUCUUCCAACUCCCCUGUCAUCCACCACCUCAAAAACAUCGCCGGUGCAGCAGUCUUCGCCGCCGCAACCGCCACCGCCGCCCUCACAUUUUCACCUUUCCCCGCCAGAGCUGAACCACCGCCCACACUCACCGAAGUCCUCCCGGAAACUGAAAUCGAAACUGAAACAGACACAGCUCUCGCCGGCGGAGAUACCGACACCGGAAUAACAUCGCCUCUGUCCGAAUUCCUCGAAACAAACUAUGAAUCUUCAUCACCGGAAGCUCUGAAGUCUCUUCUUCAGCAGAAGCUCGACCUCGGCGAGGACGAAGAGGCAUUAAAGAUCCUCAAACAUCUGAUCUCAUCGCAACCAGAAGUAUCAGACUGGAAGUUCCUCGCGGCGAGGUUAACUACUGAAAUUGGAGAUACUGAUAGCGCGAGAAGUUUCUACGACGAAAUCUUAAAGUCAAACCCGCUUUCAUUCGAAGCGCUUUUUGAAAACGCGCUUUUGAUGGACCGUUGCGGAGAAGGAGAUGCCCUAAUUGAACAGCUUGAAGAUGCUAUGAGAGUUGCUUUGGAAGACAACAAGGAAAAGGAAGGGAGGGAUGUGAGAUUGAUAAUUGCUCAGAUUCUGUUUCUGCGGAAGAGUGUUGAUGAAGCUUUGGGUUUGUAUGAGAUAUUAAUCAAAGAAGAUCCUAAUGAUUUUAGGCCUUAUUUUUGCAGGGGAGUGAUUUAUACAUUGCUUGAUAAGAAUGAUGAGGCGAAGGAGCAAUUUGCAAAGUAUAGGGAGUUGUCUCCUAAGAAGUUUGAGGUUGAUGGUUACUUGAGAACACCUUUGUCAAAGAUCAAAGAUUUUGGUACUGAUCAAAGCUAGAAUUAUAAUAGUAAAUUAUAGUUAUAGUUAUUAUAGUAGGAUUAAUGAUAAAUUUGAGGUCUUUUUUGCAAUUGGUUGGAAUAAAACAAGAUGAUUCUUCUCUUUACCUGCAAUCUUACCGAGCCUGAUCCUAUAAUCUGGGUUAGUGGUCGGCCACAUGGAUCAACUUUUGUUAUAAUGUUUUUUCCGGGAUUAUACUGGUGGGAUGUUAAAAGAGAUUAAUUGUAUGUUUAGUGAUAGAGAUAUAAUAAGGAUGACAAUUGAAUUGGUUAUAUUGAACUCCACUGUACUUUUUGUGUCAUUGGUAACUAGUUUUUGAGGAUGAUUUGUCAUCUGCAUUUGGAGAGCUAGUUACUAGCCACAUGUUGUAACAAAGGGCUUGCUUUCUUGCCAUGCUAUUAUUUAAUAAGGAAACUUUAUGCCAACUGAA